AUGCCUGCACCACUCGCUAAAGGUCAGUCACACCUUCAUCCUCGCUGGUUCACUCGUGCCGGAUCAUCCGGGCGGUGUAUUAUGGUGACGGUCACCGUGCUGGUCGCUGCCGGCGUGGCUGUUUACCAAUCUCCUCAGUUCCAGGACUGGAUGAACAAUUCCCGACGCAAAAUAGCGGUUGCUUUGCAUAGCCUGGGCGAUGAGAUACAACCACGCAGAAAUGCUUCUCCAACCCGGGACGAUAUCUCUAUGACCGAAGAAGCGGGAGAGGCUGCAGCAGGGCGCAGACGUAUUGCACGCGAAGAGAUUCUGCGGCGGGCCGCCGUUCUAGAGUCCCAUCGAAACUCAAGGAAUUCUCAACAACCACUGGAUAGCUUCGAUACCUUAGUAGAACAAGACGGCAGUCUCCGCAAGCAGGAGAAAAAUCGCGAUCAGCUGGAUGUCAGUCCCGUGGCCAGCUCUACUGGUGUAGACACGGGUGCUAAUCAAUAUCGUCGCCGUGCGAAGCUCGAUGACGUUGAUAUGAAUCAACUGCGGGUUGGCAUUGCCUCCGAAACUGCAUCUCACCACCCGUCCGAAUCCGAACUGCAAUUCACGCCUACUUCCGAGCGGAAUGGAGACACACUCUUUGACCCAUUCUCGGACUCGCCGGUGAGGGGACAGUCACCCGUGUCUGCCUCCGCCUCCGAGUCGAGUCGCACAGAGGACAACUCAGUUUAUUAUGCUCACCCUCCUCCAGCAUUCAAUACCAGUCAACAACCAGAAUUAAUUGCCGAUUUAGACGAUUUUAGCCAUGGGAACCAAUUUCAGCAUGAGGUUUCAUCAGCGCCCUCCACAGCGGGAAGUUUCAGCGACAUACAUGAGCUUGCUGAUGGAUCAUCGGACGGUACAUUGAGUGAUUGGGGUGCACCUUCGGUUGAAGGCGUUGCUACUCCUUCUAGCUGGUCUGAAAUUGGGAGUGUAAUCAGUGAUAACGAUGCUGGCCAUCAUCAGUUACUGUGA